UAAAACCAGUAUUAAUUAUUAUUAUUAUAUUAUUCCAAUUAAUAUAGUGGGCAGGAAUACCUAAUGGUAGACAAAGGAGAGGAACACGAUGUAUUUGAGGCAGCCAAGAUAUUGCUGCAUAUGUCAAAGGGCAAAGUUCAACCCAAAUUCUCACCAUUAAGACUUGCUAAUAAGGAUAUAGGAUCUUUAACACCCCCAGCAAAUAAUCUCGACAAAUUUUUAUUCAAAUCGCCACAUCUCCAGCCGCUAAUAAAUAAUGAUAAUAAUAUAAAUAUGUCAAUGACCAAAAUUAAAAAUUUUAAUCAAAAUUGCCGGUUUUCAAUCAACGAUGGAGUCAAUCAAGAUCCGUAUUCUGUGUGCCCCUUAUCUCCAGAAAGCCUUAUUGAUAUUAACGUCACAAAUAACAAUAAAAAGAUAUCUAAUAAAGUUACCACAAAAAAAUAUAUUUGCCCCUAUUCAAAUUGUAUACGCUCUUAUGACAAAUUAAUUCAUUUGACAUCACAUUAUAGAACUCAUACAGGUGAAAAACCGUUUAUUUGUCAGUGGUCGAAUUGCUUUAAAUGUUUUGCAAGGAAUGAUGAGCUGAUAAGGCAUGUGAGAUGUCAUACUGGUGACAAAAAAUUCGAUUGUCCAAUAUGUGAUAAGAAGUUCAGCAGAAGAGAUCAUUUACAAAAACAUGCAAAAAUACAUCCCUCAUUUAGACAAGAGAUGAUCCCGACGAAGAGAAAAUAUUCUCAUAGAGAAUCCUAUGAUGAUUAAAUAUUUUAUCUAUUUUUUUUGCCGCAUGAAAAUUUCGGAAUUCA